AUGAUACCUGAAAAUGAGACUGAUUGUUAUACUUUACAGAGAAAUCCAGUCGGUCCAGAUUAUUUCUUUAUGGGCUUUUUCUGCUAUAUUCCAUUGCCAUACAUUUGCAAAUACGAAUUGCCUUCAGUUCCUGAAAACUUCACAUUUAAUGUGCAGGAUAUCAGCACUAACGAGGCAGCAUUUUCUUGGAGUAGUUUGACCAGCUGGCUCAAUUCAAGCUUUCAGCUCAGUGUUAAAUAUUAUUUUGAACAUUCAGUCCAAUAUAUUGAAACUUUUACUUUGAAUACAACACACACCAAAAUUGUGCGGUUAUGCCCAGGUCAUUUCUAUAAAUUUUUAUUGUCAGCAAGGAGUACUGAAGGAUCACAAAUUAGCUUGCAUGCAGCCAUCAUGGUAGAAACAAGACCAUUACAUGUACCCAGUGUAAAAGCAACACAGGUGACAGCAUCAGAAUUAGUUUUGCAAUGGGAUUUUCCAACAAGCUCAUGCAAUGCAUCUUUUCAUCACUAUCUUGCUAGCAUUUUGGAUAGCAAAACAUCAACAUGGGAAACCAUCCGUUUUGGGAAAAGUAACACUUCAGCUGUAAUUGCAAAUAUCAAAUCAUAUCAUCAAUAUCAGAUACAUCUUCAGAGUGUUUCUGAGAAAGGAGCUCUAAGCUGCUAUGAGGAUCCUAUGCUAAUAAUAACAGGUGUGAGUCCGCCCACUCAUGUAUUCAUCCUUCCAGAAGAUAUAGGAGAAGAGCAUGUUAUUAUCUACUGGAAACUGCCACAAGAGGGCCAGGAAUCCUACAUUCAAGCACGACCUGUAGCAGUCAUGGACAAAAACAUUACAUUUUUAGUGAACAACACGGACAGUUUUAAAAUUGAACCCCUGAUACCAGGAAUGACUUAUGAGAUAGGUGUGGCCACCGUGACUAAUGGAAACAGGAGUGCCCUCAAUACUGUUCAAUGCACACUUAAACCCAAACCAGUGAAGACAGUUAUUCCUUACGAAGUUCAUACUACAUUUGUGAUUUUAUUUGUUCAAAUGCCUGCUGUUGGAAUCACUGAUGGCAUACGUGUUAUGAGUAAAGGAGACUUUGAUGCAUCAUUUCCUUUAUUGAUUGAUGGGAAGGUAGUUGUAGAGGAUUUAAUCCCAGGCACAGAAUAUGACUUCUUCAUUUCCACAACCAGUGGAUAUAUGUUAAGUUCUGAUUACCACUUGCCAGCUAUUAGAACAUGUCUUGCACCUCCACUAAAUGUACGUGAAGGCAGAGUUACAGAUACUUCAAUAGAGAUUCUUUGGGAUCAAGCAGAUGGAAACUUUGAGCUGUAUGAAGUCAAAUGUGUAAACUGUGCAGGUACUUUUACGGUCCAAAAAUUAACGAAAGAAGUGGCAGAAUUUUCCAAUCUGAUCCCAGGCUUGCAAUAUAAUUUUACAAUUAAAACUGAAAAAGAAGGAUACAAAGACAGCCUUCCUGUAAGCAUACAGGUAGAGACAGAACCAUUGGGAAUAUGUGGCCUAACCUCAACAGUGGUAAAUACUUCAUCUACUACAUUCACAUGGAAUCUGAGCAACACUAACUUCACACAUUAUAAAGCAUCUGUGUCAAAUAAUACAUUCACAAAAGAAUAUACUGUCCUGAGAACUCAGAGGCAUUUCACUAUUACAGAUCUGACUCCUGGUGGGAUUUAUAAUUUUACAAUACAGCGGGUAAAAGACACUACAGAAAGUGUUAUUGUCUCUAUUGAAGUCAUUACAGAACCUGAAAAAGUGCAGAAACUGAAAGUCUUCAACGUAUCAUCACAUUCCUUUUCUCUGCGCUGGAGACUACCUCCUGGAUAUGUAGAAAAGUUUUAUGUGCACCUUGUACCUUCCCAUGGCUUUGUUUCUCUCCAAGAUGUGGGAAGUGGAGAGUAUCAGGCUGACAUUUCAAGCACCACUCCUGGGACAACAUACAAUGUGACUGUUUCUGCAGUUACCUCUUCCGUGUACAGCUCACCUGUCAGCAAAACAGUGACAACUAAUGUAACCAAUCCAGGACCUCCUGUUUUCCUUGCGGGUGAACGAGUGGGAUCUGCAGGAAUUCUCUUGUCUUGGAACACACCACCACAUCCAAAUGGGAGGAUUUUGUCCUACAUUGUUAAAUAUAAGGAGGUCUGCCCUUGGAUGCAAAAUACUUACACUCAAGUUACAACGAAGCCUGAUAGCUUGGAAGUUCUUCUCACCAAUCUCAACCCUGGAACAACUUAUGAAAUUCAGGUUGCUGCUGUAAACAGUGCCGGCAUUGGAAUAUUUAGUGACCCAUUUCUUUUUCAAACUGCAGAAAGUGCUCCUGGUAAGGUGGUGAAUCUCACCGUUGAAGCUUUCAAUUAUUCAGCUGUAAAUCUGAUUUGGUUUCUGCCUCAGCAACCAAAUGGAAAAAUCACCAGUUUCAAAAUUAGUGUGAAGCAUGCAAGAAGUGGGAUAGUAGUGAAAGAUGUCACUGUUAAAGUGGAGGAUCUCCUGUCUGGAAGGUUGCCAGAAUGUAAUGAUAACAGUGAGUCAUUUUUGUGGAGUACUACAACCCCUUCAACUACUUCUAGUAAAACUACUGUAUUUAUCCCGAGUACAAUUGCUCCCAGCAAAAUGACCUCUGUCUGGAAUGAACCUAUCAGUUUUGUUGUGACUAAUCUCAGACCGUAUACUACUUACCUUUUUGAAGUUUCUGCAUCUACCAUAGAAGCAGGUUACAUCGAUAGUGCAAUUGUCAGGACACCAGAAUCAGUUCCAGAAGAUCCACCUCAAAAUUUUGUCAAAAGCAAUGUGACAGGGAAAUUGUUCUCAGUUUCUUGGGAGCCGCCAACCAUUGUUACUGGGAAAUUUAGCUACAGGCUUGAACUGUACGGACCAUCUGGGCAUAUUUUGGAGAACACCACGAAAGACCUCAAGUUUACCUUUAGGAAUCUAAUACCAUUCACAACAUACGAUGUUUUUGUUGCUGCUGAGACAAGUGCUGGUGUGGGGCCAAAGACAAAUUUAACUGUUUUCACACCUGCAGGAGUUCCAGGACCAGUAUUUGAUUUGCAUGUUGCUGAGGAAGCAGCAACCUUUAUUAGAAUUGCUUGGAUGAAACCACAAGAACCAAAUGGGAUAAUCACUCAAUACAGAGUACAAGUACUACUUGAAGACACAGGGGAGACUCUUGAAGAUACAAUUCUAGCAGAAAAAAACACGUAUUUUAUUGAAUCUGUGGAUCCAGACUUGAUGAAUGAGUAUGUACCAUCUGUCACAUGGAAUGAUAUAGGAGCAGUAACUGAUUCAUACGAAGGCUCAGCUGAGAUGUUCCCAACAGUGCACAGAAUUUCUCCAGUAAAGUUUACUACUGUGUCUGGCAACGAUUUUUCCACUUUGAGUGAAGCUGUAGAACUGCAUUCGGAUUCUGCUGAGCAGCUGUCAUAUCUCGUAAAUGGACUUCAACCUUUCACUGAAUACACAAUUGCUGUGUCUGCUUUUACAAUCAUUGGAGAAGGACCACCAGCUAUUCUCCUUGCUAGAACAAGUGAACAAGUUCCAAGCUCUGUAGAAAAUAUAAAUUAUAAAAAUAUUACUUCAUCCUCAAUUUUGCUGUAUUGGGAUGUACCAAUAAAUCCCAAUGGAAAAAUCACACAUUACACAGUAUAUGCAAUGGAGCUGGAUACAAACAGAGCUUUUCACAUGACUACAUCAAACAACAGCAUCUUGAUUACAGGCUUAAGAAAAUAUACAGAUUAUAAAAUGAGGGUGGCAGCUUCCACUACCAUGGGAGAAAGUGCUCUGUCAGAAGAAAAUGACAUUUUUGUGAGAACUCCUGAAGAUGAACCCAAUUCACCACCACAGAAUGUUGAAGUAUUAGAAGUGACUGCCACAGAAAUAAGCUUAAGAUGGUCACCUCCGGAAAAGCCAAAUGGGAUCAUAACUCAUUAUGAAGUUAUGUAUAAUAAUGCCACUAAUGUAACUCUGAAAAAUACAACAGAAACAAAUCUUCUGCUAAAUGGCUUGAAACCACACACCCUGUAUAACAUUUCAGUAAGAGCAUUCACUCGCCUUGGUCAUGGAAAUCAGUCGUCUCCCUUAUUGGCUAUACAGACAGCUGAAACGGUACCUGACUUUCCACCACAAAACAUAACCUACAGAAACAUAUCUUCUUCAGAAAUAGAACUGUCAUUUCUUCCCCCAUCUGUGCCCAAUGGGAUUAUACAGAGCUAUACUAUAUAUCUCAGGGAAGCUGAUGGAACUGAAGAAAGAAUAAUCAACACUACAAGUCUGUCACUAAUGAUUACAGGCUUAAAAACAUACACAAAAUAUGUUGUUAAAGUGUCUUCAAGCACCUCAAAGGGGGAAGGUGUUUGCAGUGCACCUCUGAGCAUAAUGACCGAUGAAGAUGCUCCCAGUUCUCCUCCACAGUUACUCACAGUAAAACAGUUGUCUGGUGUCACAGUGAAGUUGUCAUGGCAACCACCAUUGGAGCCAAAUGGAAUUAUCCUCUAUUACACAGUGUACAUCUGGAAUAAAACAUCAAGAAAAAGUAUUAAUGUGACAGAAACAUCUUUAGAGAUCACGGAUUUGGAAAAUAACAGCAAAUAUAGUGUUUAUGUAUCAGCAAGUACUAGAUUUGGUGAUGGAAACAUGAAGAGUAACAUGACUAACUUCAGAACAUCUGAGGGAGCUCCAAGUGACCCACCUAGGAAUGUGUGGUAUAAAAAUCUCACUUCUUCAUCAAUUCAUAUAUUCUGGGAUCCUCCUGUAAAGCCUAAUGGGGCCAUUCAGUUCUAUUCCAUUUACCUUAAAAAUGAUUCCAACACUUACAUACAGAAUUUUACCAGUUAUGAUAUUGAAAGUGAUGCUGACAAUGAAACUUUGUCUACAGUAUUAAGCAAUUUAGCAAAGUGGAGCCACUACACACUUUGGCUGACUGCAAAUACAGCUGUUGGAAAUGGAAAUCAAACCAGUGAAAUAUUGCAGUUGUACACAGAUCAAGAUAUUCCUGAUGGACCUAUUGAACAACUGGCCUACCAAAACAUUUCUUCCACUGCUGUAAAUAUAAGCUGGAUGCCCCCACUGCAGCCAAAUGGAAUUGUUUUCUAUAAUGUUUCACUGACAAUGCAGGAUGUUCUAGCAGAUUCUGAGAUGUGGUCACUUGUUUCAUAUGAUACAAAUAUGGUUAUUGAUCAGCUGGAAAAAUAUACAGGUUAUAUUCUAAAAAUUACUCCAGCAACAGAAAAAGGACCAUCUGAAAUGCACACCACUAGUUUCUGCAUCAGAACAGAAGAAGAUGUUCCGCUUGCUCCUCCUGAAAAUCUGACAAUUGUCAAUUACACAUCUAACUCAGUAAAAUUGAAAUGGAGCCCAAGUCCUCAACCAAAUGGUAUUAUUAGAAGAUAUGUUUUUACCAUUUUUGAUAACAGCAGUGAAACCACAUUUUAUCAAAAUGUUUCAGGUUCACACAAUGAAACAAAUAUUCUUGGUCUGGAACCAUUCAGCGUAUACUAUAUCAGUGUUUCUGCAUUCACAAAAGUUGGAAAUGGCAAUCAGAUCAGCAACCUGGUACAAUUCACAACAAUGGAAUCAGCUCCAGAUACUGUCGAAAAUAUUCAGUGCACUGCAACCAGUUGGCAGGCAAUCCUACUCCAGUGGGACCCGCCUUUGAAGACAAAUGGGAUUAUCACCCAUUACAUCAUAGCAUUUGGAGGGAAUUCAACCAUCAUAUCUUCUGAUAAUGAAACAACACAUACUUUUGGAGACUUGUUGUCAAACACCUCGUACCACUUUAUAAUAAAAGCUGCAACAGCUGGUGGGGAAGGGAAGGGAAAGACAUGCAAUGCCAGCACACUUUCAGAAACAGUUCCCACGGCACCCAGAGAUAUAGCCUUUUCCAAGGUACAGUCAACUAGUGUGACCCUGAGAUGGAUAAGGCCAGCUGCUAUCUUUGGCUAUUUUCAAAACUACAAGAUUACUACACAGUUGCGAUCUAUCCAUUGCAAUAACUGGGAAGCUGAAUGUAUUGAAUAUGAGAAGGAACAAUAUUCAUAUCUUGCUGAUGCUUUUACAGAGGAAACAGUAUAUGAUCUGAAUAAAUACAGAUGGUAUAGGUUUAGAGUCUCCGCUAGUACUAAUGCUGGUUAUGGAAGCUCUUCACCAUGGAUUUCUACACAGACCCUUCCUGGAUCUCCAGAUGCUCCUCCAGAAAAUGUAACUGUAGUAGUUACAUCUCCUUACAAUAUCAAUAUUAGCUGGAAUGAACCUGCCAUCAUUACUGGACCAACAUUUUACCUCAUUGACAUUAGCUCAGUGGAUACAGAUGAUUAUAAGGCUUCAUUCGUGAAAACAAAUGAUGAAGAUAAAAUCCUUGUUAUCACUGGGUUAAGGGCGUUUACAAGGUAUUCUGUAGUGGUCACUGCUUUUACAGGAGAUAUACAUGCCGCACAUACUGAAGGCAAGGCAAGCCCUUCAGUUAUUGUUUCUACUUUUGAAGCAGUGCCCAAAGACCCACUUAACAACAUAACAUUUCAGAAGAUACCUGAUGAAGUAACGAAAUUUCAAGUGACAUUUAUGCCUCCAUCUGAACUCAACGGGAAUAUUCAAAUAUAUCAGGCUAUUGUGUACAAAGAAGAUGACCCAACUGUCUUCCAGAUACAUAAUUUAAGUGUCAUAGACAGAACGAACAAGUCCAUCACUGCUAUUAUUCAUGGAUUAAAAGGAGGACAUACAUACAAUAUCAGUGUAUAUGCAAUCAAUAGUGCUGGUGCAGGGCCAAAAAUCCAACUUAAGAUCACGACAGACAUUAAAGAACCACCAAGACCUAGUAAGAAGCCCAUGCCAGUUUACGAUGCCAGUGGAACACUACUCGUCACUGCUACUACAAUCACUAUUCAUAUGCCAGUUUGUUACUAUAAUGAUGAUCAUGGACCGAUCAAGAAAAUACAAAUUCUUGUUACAGAAGUAGGAGUUCAGCAUGAUGGGAAUGUAACUAAAUGGUACGAUGCCUAUUUCAAAAAGCCAAGGCCCUAUUUUGUAAAUGAAGGCUUUCCAAACCCUCCAUGCACAGAAGGAAAUGAAGGACUAAGCAGCAAAGAGGAUGUAUAUGUAAUAGGGGCUGAUAGUACAUGUAUGACACCAGGCAGUGAAGACAAAAUUUGCAAUGGCCCACUGAAGCCCCGAAAACAAUAUUUAUUUAAGUUCAGAGCUACAAAUAUCAAAGGCCAAUUUACAGAUUCAGACUACUCUGACCCCAUCAAAACCUUAGGUGAUGGACUGUCUGAAAGAGCUGUAGAAAUAAUACUUGCAGUAACUUUGUGUAUACUCUCUGUAAUUCUUCUUGUGGCUGCCAUUUAUGCUUUUGCAAGAAUUCGGCAAAAGCAAAAGGAAGGAGGCACAUAUUCUCCACGAGAUGCAGAAAUUAUUGACACAAAAUUCAAACUAGAUCAGUUGAUCACAGUGGCAGACCUGGAAAUGAAGGAUGAAAGAUUUACACGGUUACUUAGUUAUAGAAAAUCCAUCAAGCCGAUAGGCAAAAAAUGUUUUCUACAACACGUUGAAGAGCUUUGUGCAAACAACAACCUAAAAUUUCAGGAAGAAUUUUCGGAACUCCCCAAAUUUCUUCCAGAUCUUGCUUCAACAGAUGCUGAUCUUCCCUGGAACAGGUCCAAAAACCGGUUUCCAAACAUCAAGCCAUAUAACAACAACAGAGUGAAGCUAAUGCCUGAUGCUAGUAUCCCUGGAUCAGAUUACAUCAAUGCCAGCUAUGUGUCGGGCUACUUAUGUCCAAAUGAAUUUAUUGCUACUCAAGGACCAUUACCAGGCACAGUUGGGGAUUUCUGGAGAAUGGUAUGGGAAACAAGAUCAAAAACCCUUGUUAUGCUUACUCAGUGUUUUGAAAAAGCUCGGAUAAGAUGCCAUCAGUAUUGGCCUGAAGACAACAUACCAGUGACUGUUUUUGGAGAUAUAGUGAUUACUAAAUUAGUGGAGGACAUUCAAAUAGACUGGACUGUAAGAGAUUUAAAAAUUGAAAGGCAUGGGGAUUGUAUGAUGGUACGUCAGUGUAACUUCACUGCCUGGCCUGAACAUGGAGUACCUGAAUCAAGUGCAUCUUUAGUUCAUUUUGUAAAGCUGAUCCGUGCUAGCCGAGCUCAUGAUAGUACACCCAUAGUUGUUCACUGCAGUGCUGGAGUUGGAAGAACAGGAGUUUAUAUUGCCCUUGAUCAUCUAACACAGCAUAUAAAUGACCAUGACUUUGUGGAUAUCUAUGGACUUGUAGCUGAACUGAGAAGUGAAAGGAUGUGUAUGGUACAGAAUCUGGCACAAUAUAUUUUUCUACACCAGUGCGUUUUGGAUUUACUGACAAUAAAAAGAAGCAGCCAGCCUGUAUGUUUUGUUAAUUAUUCAGUACUGCAAAAGAUGGAUUCUUUGGAUGCAAUGGAAGGUGACGUAGAACUAGAGUGGGAAGAAACUACCAUGUAAAUAUACAAAUGAAACCUUAUGUUUCAAGAAAAAGAUUGUAUUUUUUAAACAACAAAAGCCAAAACAUAUCCCCUUCUUACAAUUAACUAAAAGAAAAGUAAUAAUUUUUGUAUAACAGACAAAAAAUUAGUUUAUACUCUGUUUAUGUGCCUUCAGAAAUUCUAUAAAUUAUUAAAUGAUCCUUUUGUACAGAGUACAAUUCUAAUACUACAAUAAGAGUAUUGUAUCCAAUGGGUGCAGUCCAUGACAGAUAAAUGCCUAGGUUCUGCUGCUAUCAGUAGAACUUACUAGGUAUUUGAUUCCACCAACUUCGCUGGGAUGUGGGGCCGAACUAGAUAUUAGCCACACUGAAUUAUUGAAGUUUCAUGACCCCUCCUGCACAAUUCCUAGGAAUCUCUACUAUAAUAAAAGCAAUAGUAAGAAGCCGUCAACACUGCACAUUUCUUUAGUACCUAAAGUGAGAGGGGUUCAAGAAAAUACACAGUGUACUGACACCAAAACAUAGCACCGGUAUGAGCACUGCCUGGUGGAAAAUUCAAGACAAAUCAAUCAAAGUGUUAUUGCCCUCCCACACACACACAUAAUGUGUAAGCGCAUGGGUUUGGUGCCACUGCUGAUAUCAUUGCUGUAGUUUAGAUGAAUCUAAAACAGGAUGAGACAGAGUCACUGAGGUUGUCUAUCUAUAGCUGCACGUCAUGAUAGCUGCAUGCUAUCUCUGUGUUCAGAGCAAUAUGUCGGUCACUGGAGUAAAAGAGUAGGCAAUGGCUAUUGCAUUUUACAUCUUUUUGUGGUCUUCCCAAAGAUAUCCUCACAUUGAAUGUUAGACUAGAUUGCCCUUUAGUUUGAUCCAACAGGUCUCAACUUAUAAUCAACAUAUAACAUAAUCUAUUUGGGUGUUAUAGUUUAUUAGAAAGGAAGAAAAAGAGAAGACAAUGAUAUAGAUUAGGAGGAAUAGCUCUAUGCCUCAUGUUAAGGCUUAAGACUGUGCAUAUUUCUUAGCUCAGUCCUGAAAUAACCCUUACCACAUUCCCUCGUACAUUCUGUGUAUGAGCAUAUGGUUUCCAGGUAAGAGUCCUAUUCCAAAAAUGUGAAUGUAUUCACAGAAACUGAAUUCAAUAUGUUUGCUAGAAACUGUUCAUGUAUACUGGAUAUGUAUUCAAAUAAAGAAGAUAUAUGUUUCUGUAAAUGAGAAUUGGAUAAAGAUAUAUAUUUGAAGAGCAUGCACAAAUGAUACGCUCUUGAAAGUAAUACACAACUAUUCAGAUAUGUAUCUAAUGAUGCACAGUUUCUGAGAUAUGAACAGAAAAACUUCUUUUGCACA